AUGAGUCAAAGCGAAUACUACGGUGGCGGUGGCGGUUACAUCCAAGGCGCAUCACCAUUCAGUGCUGGAGGUAGCCCGGGCGGCAUCAGAAAAACUGAAAUCUCCCACUCAUUACGACCAGUCACUGUUGGGCAACUUGUAAGGGCAACACAGGCUCAUACGGAUGCAGAAUGGGUGAUAGGCAAUACAGAGAUUGGUCAAAUAUCACUAGUAGCCUCGGUGGUAUCUAUCCAGGCGCAGGCAACUAAUUGCGUGUACGUACUCGACGACGGAUCAGGUCGGAUUGAGGCUCGCCAUUGGAUUGACGCGAACGAAGAGUUGGGAAACAAGUUCGAAGGGAUCGAGGAAAACACAUACGUUCGCGUAACAGGGGGUCUCAAAGUGUUUGGAACGAAGCGAUAUGUCAACGCAACCCACAUCCAUCCAUGCAAAGACCCUCAUGAAAUAAUGUUCCAUACCUGUGAAGCUAUGUUCGCAAACAUUGUCUUCGAACGGGGACCACCCCCAAGGCCAGGCCAGGCCAAUCAACCCGGAGCCGGUGGCUCUGGUACAGCAGGUUCAUCGGCCUAUGCAAACCAAUCUACGUCUGCCACCGACACCGAGUAUUCGCACCUGCCCCCAGUUCAAAGGAAAAUAGUACAAUUCAUCCUUUCACAGCCCCCAAAUCACGAUGGUGUCCAUAUCGCUGCCAUUGCUCGUGCGAUUGGUGGGAAUGCUGCGGAGAUUAGCGAAGCCGUCGACCGAUUGAUGGACGAUGGGUUGCUAUUCAGUACGAUCGACGAGUCCCAUUUCAAUGUUGCUCGCUAG